ACAAAGUAAAAUGAGAAACUUUUUUGCCAUUGUUAUGGACAUAAGUUGCAAUCUUCUCUUUGCUCUUGCAAUUUUUAUUCUUCUCUAUACUUCACUUGCUAAUGUUCCUAAUAUUAGCACUGAUGAAGUUGCUCUUCUUGCACUGAAAGCACACAUUUCUACUCAUCCUAACAACAUCUUAGCAACCAACUGGUCUUCUUCCAUCCCGGUUUGCAGCUGGAUUGGAAUCACUUGCAGCUCUCGCCACCAUCGUGUCACUGCUUUAGACAUUUCUAGCAUGCAACUUCAUGGUACCAUUCCUCCACACCUUGGAAACCUCUCAUUUCUUGUUUCCCUCAACAUCAGUAACAACACUUUUCAUGGAGAUUUGCCAAAGGAGAUGGGUCAUUUGCAGAGGUUGAAAUUGAUUGAUGUUAGAAGAAAUAACUUCACAGGAGCCAUUCCAUCAUUUUUAAGUUUGUUAUCUAACCUUCGAUACGUGUACCUUACGAUGAACCAAUUUUCAGGGAAGAUUCCAUCUUCCCUUUCCAAUCUAACAAAGUUGGAAGUGUUGAGCUUCCAGGGAAAUUUACUUGAAGGAGAGAUCCCUUGGGAACUCGGUGAUCUUCGCUAUCUGACUUUUUUAGACCUGCAACUAAACAAGCUUACUGGCUCAAUACCACCAUCAAUAUUUAACAUUACAAUGAUGCAAAACAUUGCCUUUACCAGCAACAAUCUUACCGGAAAGCUUCCAAUAACUAUAUGUGACAAUCUUCCAAACUUGGAAGGGCUUUACCUCUCAGGAAAUUACCUUGGUGGUGUUAUUCCACCAAACUUAGAAAAAUGCAGAAAGCUUCAAAUCUUGUCAUUGACUAACAAUCAGUUUAUUGGAACUGUACCAAGAGAGCUAGCUAACUUAACUGCUCUUACAGCAUUACAUAUUGCAGCUCUGCAUUUGGAAGGAGAGAUACCAUUCGAGCUAGGUAAUCUUAAGAAAAUACAGCAUCUGAGAUUAGCUGGGAACGAGCUUACUGGUUCUGUCCCUACAAGCAUUUUCAACAUAUCAACACUGCAGUCCCUAACACUUACAAUGAACAAGCUUACAGGUACUCUACCUUCAGAUUUAGGCCGUGGAAUGCCCAUCCUAGAAGAAUUUCUUUGUGCAGGAAAUAAUCUAAGUGGUUUUAUCUCUGCUUCAAUCUCAAAUUCUUCAAGACUUAGAAUGCUUGAUCUCUCAGACAACAGUUUCACAGGUGUAAUUCCUGAAUCACUUGGUAACUUAGAAUACCUUGAGCUUCUGAAUUUGAACAACAAUAAUUUUAUCAGUCAUUCAUCAUUGAGCUUCCUUACAUCAUUAACAAACUGUAGGAAACUAAAAGCAUUUUGGUUUUAUGAGAAUGCAUUGGAUGGGUUUUUGCCGUCAUCUGUUGGUAAUUUCUCAAACUCAUUGCAAAUUUUUGAAGGAAAUGGUUGUAAGCUUAAGGGCAUCAUUCCUGAAGAAAUCGGUAAUCUUACUGGUCUGACAAGGAUGAGUCUGUUCAACAAUGAGUUGACUGGACAUAUUCCAAAAACUGUCCAAGGCAUGUUGAACCUUCAAGAACUUUACCUACAAAGCAACGAGAUUAAAGGAACCAUACCAGAUGUUGUGUGCAGUUUAAAGAAUCUUGGUGCAUUAGACUUGUCAGGAAAUCAUUUUUCCGGUUCAGUACCACCAUGCUUAGGGAAUGUUACUAGUUUGAGGAAACUUCAUCUAGCUUUUAACAGGUUGAAUUCUAGAUUACCUGCAAGCUUGGGGGGCCUUCGUGAUCUCAUAGAGUUCAAUAUUUCAUAUAACUUAUUGAGUGAGGAAAUUCCCCUCGAGAUUGGAAAUUUAAAGGCUGCAACAAUCAUUGAUCUGUCAAAAAAUAUAUUUUCUGGUAAGGUUCCUAGCACUCUAGGGGGUCUAGAUCAAUUGAUUACAUUUUCUCUAGCACAUAAUAGAAUAGACGGGCCUAUUCCAGAUUCAUUUGGCAAAAUGUUGGCAUUGGAAUUCUUAGAUUUGUGUUAUAACAAUCUUAGUGGUGAAAUUCCAAAGUCAUUAGAAGCUCUUGUGUAUCUCAAAUACUUGAACUUCUCAUUCAAUAAACUUAGUGGAGAGAUUCCCACUGGUGGUCCUUUUAAAAAUGCCACAGGUCAAUGUUUCUUGUCCAAUGAUGCACUCUGUGGUGAUUCAAAGUUUAAUGUGUCACCUUGUGUCACCCAAUCUCACAAGAGGAAAAAGACAAAUUUGAUUUUGUACAUCAUUUUGGGAGUGGGUAUGUUAUUACUUGUAUUAGCCCUCGCGUAUGUAUUUGUAAGAUUGCGAAAGACAAUGAAUAAUACACAUCAAGUAGAUGGGUAUAUGGUAAAAGGGCAUGAAAGAAUUUCCUAUUAUGAUCUUGAAAUGGCGACUGAAGGAUUCAACGAAAGCAACUUGCUUGGUAAUGGGAGUUUUAGCAAGGUCUACAAAGGGAUACUUAAGGAUGGUACUCUUUUGGCAGCAAAGGUAUUCAAUGUGCAAUUGGAGGGUGCAUUCAAAAGUUUUGACACAGAAUGUGGGAUACUCCGGAACCUUCGCCACAGAAAUCUGACCAAAGUCAUAACAAGCUGCUCCAACCUUGAUUUCAAAGCCCUAGUGUUGGAAUACAUGCCCAAUGGGACACUUGAUAAAUGGUUAUACUCUCACAAUCUGUUCUUGAAUUUAUUGCAGAGAUUAGAUAUAAUGAUAGAUGUUGCAUCUGCAAUAGACUAUCUCCACAAUGGCUAUUCAACACUUGUGGUGCAUUGUGACUUGAAGCCAAGCAAUGUCUUGCUCGACCAAGAAAUGGUUGGUCAUGUCAGUGAUUUUGGCAUUGCAAAAUUGUUAGGUGCAGGGGAGGCUUUCGUUCAAACAAGGACAAUUGCAACCAUUGGAUAUAUUGCUCCAGAGUAUGGACUAGAUGGAAUAGUAUCCACGAGUUGUGAUGUUUAUAGUUUUGGCAUCCUGAUGAUGGAGACGUUUACAAGAAUGAGACCAAGUGAUGAAAUAUUUACUGGAGACUUGAGCAUACAACGUUGGGUUAGUGAUUCCCUUCCGGGUGAAAUCCAUAAGGUGGUAGAUUCUAAUUUGGUACAGCCAAGGGAUGAACAAAUCAAUGCAAAGGUGCAAUGUUUAUUAUCUAUCCUGGAAUUAGCUUUGAACUGCACUUUAGUGACACCUGAUGCAAGAAUUAGCAUGAACGAUGCUCUUUCAACACUUAAAAAGAUUAGGCUACAAUUUGUUAGUAGUCGGCACUAGGUGGAAUCGGACCAGCCUGAUCUUGUAUGUUAUUUAAUUACCAGUAUACUCUUGUAUGUUAUAUAAUUUUGCACUAGUACUUAAGUGUGUUUUGUUAUCUUCAUUUCUUGAUAUAUGGAAGUUGUAAAUGAGAUUUAAAAUGGGGGAUCAGAGAUUUAAAGUAGCAGGUCUAAUGU